GAAGGGGCGUGUCUGGCUGCUCAGGGAGCCAGCCCACUGGCUGGAAGGCGCCGGAGCCGGGCUGCUGGGCCGGCCUGAUGAAGGCGGCGCCGCAGGCCUGGUCCCGGAUGUAGCGACCGGCUUCUCUGAGACCGAUCAUGGCAGCUCGGACUGGUCAGAGGGCUCUGAGAAGGGUGGCUUCAGGAUUGUGUCCGAAGUCGGCGACAGUGGCCGGAGCCCGGGCUCCGGCGCAGGAGUCUGCGCGGAAAGUCAGAUAUUUAGCUUCCUGUGGUAUACUGAUGAGCAGAACUCUUCCGAUACAUACCUCAAUUUUGCCUAAGGAGAUAAAUGCAAGAAGUUUGUUCAAAAUCGCUGCACCAUUAAUAAACAAAAGGAAAGAAUAUUCAGAAAGGAGAAUUUUAGGAUAUUCAAUGCAGGAAAUGUAUGCUGUAGUAUCAGGAAUGGAGGAUUACAAGCAUUUUGUUCCUUGGUGCAAAAAAUCAGACAUAAUAUCACAGAGAUCUGGAUACUGUAAAACACGAUUAGAAAUUGGGUUUCCACCUGUGUUGGAGCGAUAUACAUCAGUAGUAACCUUGGUGAAACCACAUUUGGUACAGGCAUCCUGUACCGAUGGGAGACUUUUCAACCAUUUGGAGACUAGUUGGCGUUUUAGCCCAGGUCUUCCUGGCUACCCAAGAACUUGUACCUUGGAUUUUUCAAUUUCUUUUGAAUUUCGCUCAUUUCUGCACUCUCAGCUUGCCGCAUUGUUUUUUGAUGAAGUUGUAAAGCAGAUGGUGGCUGCCUUUGAAAGAAGAGCACGUAAGCUUUAUGGUCCAGAAACAAAUAUACCUCGGGAGUUAAUGCUUCAUGAAAUUCAUCACACAUAAAGGCAAGAAAGAACUGGUGUCAUCCACUUAGAGCUUUAGUUUGUUCACUUUAAUAUAUGCUUUCAUGAUUUCUUUUCAGAGGUCAGAAAGCAUUUGUCAAAACCCAGCUCUGACUAUAAACUUGUACCAUUGAAAAUUUGCACAUAGAGCAUGGACCCACUUGUACACAGAAUUAUGUCUUCAAUCAAGUGUAAUUCAGAGUAAUAUGUUUAUUAUCAUGUUCUGCAUUACAGUAAUGGGAUGUCAUCACCAUUGCUAGAAUACUGACAUCACUCUUCUGAGCAGAAAUUGAAACUGUAGAUUUAAACCUUUUAAUUAUCACCUUAUCUGAAAGAGGCUAGUUGAGAUACUCACACAUGUAUUAUAUUAACCAUAUCACACUUAAGUUAUUAAAUUCAGACUAUUUGUAACUUAUUGUUAUAGGGCCUGCCGUGUGGCCUAAGAUAUUUUGAGUAAUCAUCAUAUAUUUAAAGUAAAAACUUUGAUUUAAAAAUACUGUUAAUGAAGGUUCCCUGGCACUUUAGAUAUUUUAAAAUUGUUCUUAUAGGAGUAGGUAAUUCAGUGCCAUCAUGAGGUUAGCUCCCAGAUAAACAGUGAAUUUUGUUUUUUUUUUUGAGACAGAGUCUCACUCUCUUGCCUGGGGC